UUUUUUUCAUGCUUUUAGAAGAAAACAUUCAAAGCAAUGGCCCCAACCUUCGCCUACUGGGAUUCUCGAGGCUUGGGCCAAGUGACCCGCAACCUUCUGGUCUACAAGGGCGUGCCCUUUCAAGACAAGCGCUACAAAAAGGGACCGCCUCCCGAAUACAGUCGCGACGAAUGGCUGGCCGACAAGUUCUCCCUGGGCCUCAAGUUCCCGAAUCUGCCCUACUACAUCGAUGGGGACGUCAAGCUCACACAGAGUGUGGCCAUCUUGCGUUAUCUCGCAAGAAAGUACGACCUGGGUCCUAGGAAUGAGGAGGAAACCAGAGAGCUGGACGUCCUCGAGCAACAGGCUCGGGACCUCGCCACCAACCUGAUCCGCAGUUUUCUCCCUGGUGUCAACUUGCAAGAAGCCCGUAAGAAGUACGAGGAGAACAUGGGGAACGUACUCAAACCCUGGGCGGACCACCUGGCCAAUCGAAAGUGGGCCGUGGGCGACAGGGUCACCUACGUCGACUUCCUGGUGUACGAGGCUCUAGACUGGAACCACGAGUUCUGCGCUGCGGCCUUCAAGGACUUCCCGGCUCUGGAGCAGUACCUCAAGAGGUUCGAAGCGCUGCCCAACAUUAAGGAGUACUUCGCGUCGGACAAGUACAAAAAGUGGCCCAUCACGGCCCCUCACUUUCUGUGGGGUUUCAAGAAGUAAUAAAACUGUUUCACAGGCUGCACUGGCUUAAGAAUA